AUGCUUCUGAACGUUUUUGUCAAGGAUGCCGACGGAGCCACGAAGGACACCAUGCCGGAGCACAUAAUCCUGGAGUUUCAGGGAAAGUUCUCGACGCUAUGCGAUGCAAACCUGGGGAGUCUAUCGUUGGAGGGCGACAAGGCAUGGUUCAGGACAGGUAAUCAACACAUGGAAGGGCAGGUGAUCGUUCUAGAGCAUCCUCUGUACGUUAUGCGCAAAGAGCAGGACCAGGGUCGCGUCAAAGGUCUCCUCAGAGUAGCCAAGAUCAGCAGGCGGAUUCUUUUCGACAAGGAGCCAGACCUCAUAAGUCACACCCCACACACACAGCAAUGA